UAAACAGAUCGGACGCCAUAUUGGAUCGCUGGAAAAACAACUUCUAAUUUAGGCACAGAAAAAAAGCUUUUGGUAGAGAAAAAUAUUGGUUUGUUGAUCAGAAAGCAAACAGAAUUAUCUUUCUUCUUAAUAUUAUGUUUAACGAUGAAGCACAAGAGUCAGUAGAAUUUAAGUCAUCGUGGAAAACCGAAAGGUCCACCAAAGAUGCAGGGGCUCAAACCAGUGAGAUUAUUACUUAUGAGGCAGACGUACAGUCAAUCCAUCGGGUAGAUGCCGAGACUCAAACAGAAGAAGAAGAUGAAAAAGGAAAACUUGUCUUUGUUGUUGAAGAAGAGAAUCCGAAUCUUGUUAACUUCAUACUAAGAGUCUAUCCUGAGCUGAGUCAACAGUUACAAACCAACAUUACAAGCCAUGCUUUUGAUGGUUAUGAAGUGAGCUUAGAUGAAUCAACCAGCUCUGUAUCAUGUGCCCAUACAUUGACGAAUGCAGCCCUAAGUGAAGAUGAGCUUCAAGUUACUGGCUUGUCAUGGAAUUCUACGGGUUCAGUAGUAGCUGCCUCCUAUGGAAGGUUUGAUCAUGAACACUGGUGCACUCAUAAGUCUGCACUCUGUACCUGGAACAUUGAUAGGAGGACACUUGAUCCAAACAAGCCUGAUACCACCAUUGAUCUAUCUAGUUGUUUGAUGUGUAUUGCUUUUCAUCCAAAUCUGCCAUCAGUUAUUGCUGGAGGAUCAUUUAAUGGAGAGAUACAAGUGUGGGACACUGGAAGAGAGGAUGAAACUGUCAUUGCUACAUCAGGAAUGGGAUCAGAUUCACACCGGGAACCAGUUAGCAAGGUCUUGUGGACUUUAGACUCUAGCUCCAAGGCCACUAAGUAUCAGAUCCUUAGCAUAAGUGGUGAUGGCAAAGUCCUGAUAUGGCAGAUGACUCCCGGCUCACGUGAUCUCAAACUAGUCAGCGGUUUCAUUUUGCAGACAGACAGUGUCCCACGGAGCAUGCGUUUGAGCAAAGCCCGCGGUGACGCUGAAAUGGGAGUGACUAGCAUGUGCUUUUCUCACGAGGACCGUACACUGUUUGUGCUCGGCUCAGAGGCAGGGGGAGUAUUUAAAUGUUCCAUGACAUCCAGAGGACCUCCCCUGACAAAUGUCCAUAGCUCCGUUCCGUUACGUUCCCCAGUAACUUUUGCCUUCUCUCCUCAUUUUGGGCCUGUGUUUUCUGUUGACUGUUCACCUUAUCACAGGAAUCUGUUCCUCACUUGUGGUACUGACGCAACUGUUAGACUUUACUCCAUGUUACAGUCUAAGCCCCUAUUUUCAGUGGAGCCCGGAGCAGGAUAUCUAUUUAGGGUCCGUUGGUCUCCUUCACGCCCGUUGGUAUUUUCUGUGGUAACUGCGGAUGGUCGCUUGCUGAUCUAUGAUUUGAAAGUUGACCGCAUUAACCCAGUGAUCACGCUAGAUGUCACAACAGACAGAUCACCGGUAUAUUCCUUGGAGUUCAACCUUCAAAGGCGUCAGACACUUGCUACUGGUGAUUCACAUGGGCGAAUCAAAAUAUGGCGACUUAGUGAUGAGCUAACAACCCAGUCCAACCGAGAGGACGAAUUCCUGGCGGUUAUUGCAAAUGACACUCAAACAGAAUAGGUAACAGCAACAGCGACAUAAACCUCGUUUCCAAGAAUUUUUGCUCUUCUCGGCCACCGGAAAGAGAGAAGGCGUGGAGAAGAUAGAGAGACUGGGAACAAGGAUGCAGCGAGAUAUGGUUGGUCGUAUUCGCCUCUUCGACACGGUACUUUGGGUUAUGGAGACCACAGGCUGUAUUCGGCGAAGAAACAGCUGAAUUUCUACUUCUUGUACAAAAACAUUCCCAGAAUAUUGAAAAUUUAUCUGGGAGAAACUUAAAAAAAUCUCGGAACUCAUCGAAAUUGAUUAUUUUGCGAAAAGAGAUAAUGAUGUUCGCUUUCUGGAAUUUGCGAGUUAAGUAUAUGUGGGCGGUUUUACUUCCUAACGAGAUUAAUGCAAGGAAAGUUCUGCUUAAAUUUCUUUAAGAUGCCCGCUUUCGAAUUCCCAUGUUUUGUGAAAAACAGAUCAUUCACAAGGGGUCACUAGUUCGAGUUUGUUUUACUUUAUGCUCUUCUUUCAAAUUUGUUUUUGUUUUCUUUUUUUCUUUCUCUUCGAGAGGUUAUGGUAUAAAAUGGACUCUUCAAACUGAAUGGAAUUUCAUCUACUUUCGCUUGCUCCAUGCACUGCAAGGGGAACAGAUAUCUUUAUCUCGACAAACUUAACAAGAAACAUGUCUUCAAAAGUAUUACCAUUUUCAAUUAUUUGUCACUAUUUACAGCCCACUCAAGGUUUUCUCAUCAUUUUUUGAGUUUUUGAAGGUGUAUACAGUGUCCGAAAUUGCGCUUUCCUGGUCGCCAAUGCGACUAAAAACUUUGCACUGGCGACCAGAAUUCAUAACCGGUU